GCUAAUACAUGGUCCAGUGUAGCGUGGUAGAUUGAUUGCCCACUAAGGUUUUUUUCGUUGCAGCCGGUUAGUCGUACUUGUCGCGUUCGUCAGGGAGUGCGCAAGUUUUCAGGGCGUCUCCGUCCAAGGAAGCUCGCCAGGUGUUGAACAUUUGCGCAUCUGCUUUCUUGGUAUCCCCGACGCAUCUCUAGUCACUUGGCGUCCCGCCAUGGACGACAAGAAGGACGCCGCGGAGGCAGAGGAUGGCGCCGUGAUGCAGCAGAGUUAUCCCUCCCCCAUGGUCGACAGCACAGAGGCCCAGUACUAUGAGCAGCUCGCCCAGCACCGAGAGCUCGAACCCCAGAUGGACCAGCAGGGGCCCCAACAAGAACAUCAGGCGCUCCCCGCCAUGUCUGAGCACCACGAGCACCACGAGCACCAUGAGCUGCACCGGCUCCAGGAACUCCAGGACUCCCCGGCAUCUCAGCAGCACAAUUCCCGCCCGCCCGUGAGCGCCGAUGAGCUACAGCUUGCCGCCCAGCUCACCCAAGGCCUCGCGCCCAUUAUGGCUGCCGCCGUCCAGGAUCAGGGACAGGACCAGCAGCCGAUGCAGCCCCAAGACGGACAGGAGGGGCAGGUGCAGCCUCAGGAGGAGCCAAACCUCCAGGAGCAGCUCGAGGCGUCGCUGCAGAACCACGAACGCGAGAUGCAGUCUCACGGGCACGAGCUCCAGAACCACAACCACGAGCUUCCGAACCACCACGAGCUCCAGGAGGUCAUGCAACACCCGGGCCAGCCUCCGCAGCACCACUACGGACCGAACCCGCCGCCGCAACCCCACCUCCCUCACCACAUGUCCAUGGAACACCUUCAGGCGCACGGCCAGUACCAGCUGCCCGACGCCACCCCGCCCCGGAAACGGUCCAAAGUGUCGCGCGCGUGCGACGAGUGCCGCCGCAAGAAGAUCAAGUGCGACGCCCAGUCGGACGCCACCGACCAGCCUUGUUCCAACUGCCGCCGCUCAAACGCCCAGUGCUUGUUCAGCCGUGUGCCGCAGAAGCGUGGGCCAAGUAAAGGGUACAUCAAGGAACUGGCGGACCGCCUCAACAUGAUCGAAGGUCGGCUCAACACCAACGCCGACGGUCUGGAGAGGAGACAGUCCAGCGAGGCAUUUGCAUCUCCAGGAGCGGGCGACGACGGCAGGAAGCGGCCCUUCUCUAGCAUUUCUGGCGGCGGAACAUUCCAAACCCCGUCCCCGAACAGGAUAUCACCCGCCUUCAUCCUACCCUACCCGCCACCACCCCAGGUUCCGCCAAAUCCGCCUGAUCUGGCCAUGAAGCAGGCGACACCAAUACAGUUUCCUGGCGCGGCGGGCGAUGUGAGCCCGGAAGGCCAGCCCGAGAUGAUGGACGGCAUCUCGCAGAACGGGCUGCCUCCCGGGUCGUCGCAUCAGGCUGAACAACUGCCCGAGAUUGACGACGCCGUCUUCAACCGCUAUCUCGAGGUCAUCCACCCGACCUUUCCGGUCCUGGCAAGCAGCAAAGCAAGGGUACAAUCUCUGGUGUGGCAGUCGCCUCCUGGCCUUCAGAAUGCCUUCUACAACGCGUUCUUUUCCAUGGUCAAACACUUCCUCCCCGGUCCGACCGGCCAGGUGGAUGGUGACCCUGCCAUCACAUGGCGCCUGCUCACCGAGUGGGAAGCCGAGCGCAAGCCACGCUCUUCCGUGACCGACCUGGUCCGUCUCCAGACUCUAGUCAUGGCUGCGAUCUCUGUGGACUUCCAGGGGCUUGCGCCCGGCAAGGGUCAGCUUCGCGCCCCGUCGAAAGCCGAGAUCCUUGGUCGAGCCGUUGGGCUCGGUUACUCGAUGGACAUCUACCGGUGGCCGGUCGACCCGGAUCCGAAUUCCGACCUGGACCUUAACUCGGAUGACAACGUCGCGUUGCGGACCUGGUGGGUGCUGGUCAUGUUAGACCGGUGGCACGCGCUCGCAAUGGCCAAGCCUCCCCUGAUUGCCGAUCAGGCCGGCGUGGCUCGGCCGGGCCUGAAGCACAUCGUAGGGGAGGCUGUGUACGCGUUGAUACGCAUGUCUUACAUCCUCGCGCUUGCGUUGCCCAUCGCCAUGGACCCCGUGAGCGACCCCAUGACGCAGCAGGGCGCAUCUCUUGGUCGGAUGGUUUCUGGCAUCAGCCACAUCAUGAACUGGGUCUUCCCGACCGAACGCACCGACUAUGUGCUCGACCUGACCUAUUGGCACAUCAGGCUCGUGUCGGAACUUCUGUCCCCUGAUCUGCCGGAGCGGCCCGGCAACAUCCUCCAGGCCGCCAAGUACCUGGUCGGGCUCCUCUUGGCCAAGAACGACCUCGUCAGUCCGGUCACCCACCACUUCGUCAUCCUUGCGGCUCUCGGCCUGCUGGAAUCCCACCGCUUCCCCGACGCCCGCGAGGAGGCCUCCCGGCUUACCAAGGACUUUCUCGAAUGCCCCAUAGCAGCCUCGCCAUUGAACGGCGCCGUGCGUGACAAACUCGCCGAGCUCCAAGCUCGUCCGGGUGCGGCUGAGCCAAAUGCCACCACUACUACUGCUCCUACCACCACCAGUCAGAACCUGCAGCAACUGGCGGAUCUGGCAACUGCGGUGGACGGGUCCGCCGCCCCAACUGUCGCCCCAGCUACCGCGCCUACGGCAACGUCGGUUGCUCCGAAUGAGCACCUGACCGACGAAGCCGCUGCCGCCGCUGCUACUGCUAUGAAGGCGGAGGAAACAGGGGAGAAUGGGCAUGUCCAGCAGCAGGAGCCGCAACAGUCGGAGCCAAAGCAGCAACAACAACAACAGCAACGACAACGACAGUCACCAGAAGAACAACAACAACAACAACAACAGCAGCAGCAGCAGCAGCAGCAGCAGCAACAGCAACAGCAACAGUCACAGCAGCAACCAGAGGUAGAUGUGCGCGCGAUAUUGAGACGGGGGUACCUCACUUGGUUCGAUGAGCCAAAGGAUGUCGGGAUAAUCGUCUAGGAACGCAAUCUACCACGUCCAGGGAAGAGGGUCCCAGGUCACUGCUCCGUCUACUCGGUGACGGCGCAGAGCAAUCGAAUGGUGCGCAUUCGCCUUCGCAACCGCUGCUCGGGUCGGUGGCUAGUUGAGCCUGUUGCGCUCUCUUGUCCUAGCGCUCUCUUGUCCUAGAGCAACAACGAAGCAGGGUGGGGUUAG